AUAUCAUAUUUAUAUUUAUUUAUAUAUUGUCCCUUAAAGGGAUUCAGCUUGUAGCACAUUUUCAUUAUUUUCUGCAUUGAAGAAGAACCAUAUCUGGGUAUUUUUUGGUAUUUGGUAGGUUGUUUUUUUUUUUAUAUUAUUUUUAAAAUACAUCCCAUAGGAUUUCCCCCCAAAAUCUUAAAAGGACAUGUACCAGGGAUACGAUUCCUCCAGCUCUUCGCCCUCUGCAGAAUCACAAUAUCUGUCUUCAGUAGAUUCUUUUGGGAGCCCCUCUACAGUUGGAGCCCAACAGGAGUGUGUUGCCCUAUGUGAUGUCCCGACCUCCUUUGUACCCACUGUUACUGCAAUCACCAGUAGCCAGGACCUCCAGUGGUUGGUUACCCCAGCUCUUAUCUCCUCUAUGGCUCAGUCACAGCCAACAUCAGGACCCCCACUUGACCCUUACGACCUUCCGGGUCCCAGCUAUGCAUCACCCUCAGGUGCUUAUGGACCCACACCACCAGCUGCACCACCAGGAGCACUCGACCAACCAGAAAGUAGUCGACCAACUAGAGCUCGUGGCAAAAGGACCAGGGAAGAAGCACUGACUCCAGAAGAAGAAGAAAAGAGACGAGUGAGGAGAGAACGCAACAAGUUGGCAGCUGCAAAAUGCAGGAAUCGAAGAAGAGAGCUUACUGAUAGACUACAGAGUGAGACUGACCUCUUGGAAGAAGAGAAAUCCACUCUAGAAGCUGAGAUUGAUGAACUUCGUAGGCAAAAGGAACAGUUGGAGUUUGCUCUGCUCUCGCACAGGCCAGGAUGUAAACUGCCCUAUGAGGAGCCAGACCUGCCACCCUCAGACCCAGCCGCCUCCUACCUCCCAGGAGUUCUUCUACCGUCAUAUCCCACCCAGCCGGAGGUAUCAUUCCCUGUCUGUUUGCCACCUCUACCGGACUUGGACUGUACCACCGGCGUGGGAUCUUACACCUCUUCAUUUGUGUUCACCUCCCCAGAGGGAGGAGCCUGUGGAGCCCGGUACCAGCGGAGCAGCGGGAGUGAGUUUUCAUCAUCCGACUCGCUCAGCUCCCCCUCACUCCUGGCCCUCUGAAACAUAGACUUUAACCCCCUUCCUUCACUCCCGUCUACAACCAACUCUCUUCGUAUUUUAUGUUCACACAUUUGUUGAACCAUCUUUUCUCACAUUGUCCAUCUUUUUUAUAUCUCCCUUGUGAUACUCAUUCUACGUCCUUGGUCUUCAGUAAAUCCUCACCAUUCAUCAUGCUCAGUUCUCCCUUACUUGGUCAUCUGAGAAAAAGUUCUACGUUAAUCUCCAUGUGUCUUUUUUAUAUGAUGUGAUCUCUAUCUGUACUCUAACUCAGUCAUGUGUUUCCUUCUCAAUUAUUCUCCUUCCCUCCUAUUCCUCUAACAUUCCACCUAAUGGCCACGUUCUCUCAACCUUCUCUCAUCUGGCAUAACUAUUCUUUUACAUUGUCUAUUUCAAGCUCCUCAGUUUCUAUAUUAUGUUUGUAUCCACUGCCCCUUUAUUUCUUGCUGGUAUCUGUCCUCUGCCAUAACCCUUUUUCACUUAAUUAGCCAUCAUGCUUGUUCUGCUGUCCUUCAACUGCCUACUCAACUCUAUUCUCACUCCAAUGUUCCUCCCAUCUUUUCUACAACUCACUUUACUCAUCCUCCAUUUUUUCUGACUACCACUCCUGCUCACUCUUUCACCUUGUCUCCACUACUUCCACCCCACCGCAUCCUUCUAUUUCAUCCAUUCUUCUUCAGGAGAUUGAGGGGGAGGGCAGAGCACAGUCAAGAAGAUUUCGUCCCUCAUGAUGACAUUCCACUUCAAAGACCAGCACGUGUCGAUCUCCUGACGUCGGGAACCUCCAGGGACCAGAAUACUUUCCUGCAGAGUGAAUCCAGCUUCACUGCAACUGAACAACUGUUGUGUGAUGACUAUACCUUGGUUGGGGGUUAUUAUCUUGAAACGUUAAACUCUCCCUUGCCAAAAAAAUAUAAGACUAUGUCAAAUAGUUUAAAACUCCUACACUGCCAGAGAAUUGUACUCUUUACUUUUGAGAAAGAAAAUGUUAUCCACUAAAGCCCCAGAUGUCUUAUAAAAGAGAUAUAUAUAUAAAAUCAAUUGUAGCGGUCUUUAAAAAACAUUUGUUCUCACGCUUGUCCUCAGACUUGGUGCACCAUAAAGUUACCUAAGAAAUCUAAAAAUGAUUAUUUAUAUUUUUUUAAUAAAUUAAAAAAGACUAAAGGAUUUUAGACUGGGUGUCUAUUAUGAAAUCUUUCUUGCCAGAGCGAGAACGUUACUUACGUACAGGGCUAGUAAGCAUUAUUGCACAGUAUUCUCUUUUUCCUACUAUUAAUUCUACACGUUGCCUAUAUAGAGUUUCUAUUGAGUAAUAUAAUCUAUGUGUAUAUAAAUAUCUAAAGUAUAGAUACAUAUAUACAUCAAGAUACAAACCCAACAAUUCCCACUUUCCAAUACGAAAAUACAAUUUGAAUGUGUAUGUAUAUAUAAAACAUAUG